AUGCGGUCUUCGUCUGCGCUGUCCGUCUUGUCGACACUGACUUUACUACUCAAUUGCUCAUUGACCGCCGCAACCCCGCUCGCGCUAGAGCCAAACACACUCAACAGCACCAUCGAAAAGCGUUGUGCGAAUCCCUGCGGCUACAACGACUGGCUGUGCUGCUCAUCGGGCCAGACAUGCUCUACCAACAGUGCCAAUGAAGCCGUGUGCUCUGAUAGCGGUGGCAGCAGCGGAGAGUACCAGUACUUCACCACUAUUUACACGCUGACCGAAACCGAUCUCUCGACAAUUACAUCCGUGUGGAGUAGUCAACUUGCCGCAGCGACAAGCACAGGAACCUGCAGAGCCGACAUUGGUGAAACAAAAUGCGGGACUCGCUGUUGCGAGGCGGCGCAAGAGUGCCAGGACGGUGAAUGUGUGGCCGAAAGCUCAUCUGUAGCCAUCACAGCCGCGGGAACUGAUGCAGCGGCCACGCCGGGGGUGCGAGGAACGAGCAACGGGGCCAGCACGGUCACAGCGACCUCCGCCCCGACCACGACCGAAGGCUUCACGGCACCUGUCGGAACAGACGGUGCCGACCUGAUCGGAGCCAAAGCCUCCGACAACAGCGGAGGACUCAGUGGUGGCGCGAUUGCCGGAAUCGUCAUCGGCUCGAUCGCCGGUGCAUUCUUGCUGCUGAUGAUUUGCGCCUGUAUAUGCUGCAAGAGCGCACUCGAUGGACUCUUUGCAGCUCUCGGUAUUGGCAAACGUCGCCGACGAGACACGACCUAUGUGGAGGAGCGCCAUUCUCACCACUCUCACAGCCGCCCUCCUCCCCCUGCUGGACGGCGAACCUGGUUCGGAGCCAGACCAGCCGCCGAAGGCAGUGAUGUCAGUGAAAAGAAAAGCAGCAGCUGGGGCAAACUGGCCAUCCUGUUCGGUGCUCUGGCCAUUUGCCUGGGCUUGAAGAGACACCAUGAUAAGGAGCAUGACGACAGCAAGACCGAGUCCUCGUACCCUAGCUCCUAUUAUUACUAUUCCGACUACUAUUCCGGAACUGGCACCGAAGUUCUGACCGACGUACUCGGGACACACGACGAUCCCGACAAUCGCGCGCUCGAUCGAGCCGGCGAUGAUUCCUCACUUUUGACUUUCAUCUAUGACUUUUGA